CAAAGUUAAACAAGCUGACUAACAAAAGGGCACAGCAUACUGACAGAGAAUGCUGCGUAAAGAGGAACCUCGGUGCUACCAAGAGUUAAGUGAUGAAGACUACAUACAAGGACCUGCACCUUACCAGCACACUACAGAUUUUGCCCAGGAAGAAGCCAGCUGUGACGCUGUGCCAGAUGAGGACAGUGGUUCAAUGCCAAUAGCCUUCAAUAAAGCUUGUUUGAGGAAUGUCUUCACCAUCAUCCUUGUUCUCAUCUACCUUGUCUUAACUACGGUUGCUGCGUUUUUGGCUUACCAAACCAUUUCUGAUUUCAUGGAGAAGCUCAGUCAUCCUGUAAUGUCUGUGUCAUACAAAGAGGUCGAGGAGUUUGCUCCCCCAGGAAUUGCACUAUAUCCAGGGAAUGCUCAGUUAUUAAGCUGUCGACACCACUAUCAUGAUCACAUUCCCUCUGGUUUAUCAGCCUGCCAGAUGGAGGAGAGCGACUGUGUAAUGGAGGAAGUCAUUUAUCAUGAUCCAUACUCCAACCACACAAGAAAACGAGCCCUAGUAGUCGAAGGUCCAACAGAUGUCAGGAACCGGGAGCUCAUUUUCCUUCAGUUCAGUCAAAACGAGACGGAGGAGAACUUCAGUGCCAUCAGUUACAUGCUUUUUGCCCAGUUCAGUGAUAUGACUAAAAGUAUGAACAAACCUGCAUUUAUGAAGGACUGUGAAAGGAACUACUCGAUGUGGACAUUCUCCGGAGGGUUUCGUACCUGGGUCAAAAUGUCUUUGGUCAGGACAUCUGGGAGAGGAAAUGAAUCCGUAGAAUUCAGACAAGAGUCCAGUGUUGUGAAGUACAAUGACAGAAGGUCUACACAAGAACAAAGAAAUGAGCUUUUCUUUGUUGUAUUCCAAUGGAAAGAUCCAUUUAUACAACAAGUCAAAGAUAUAGUCACAGCAAACCCAUGGAACACAGUAGCCAUUCUCUGCGGUGUCUUCAUGGCUCUUUUUAAGGCAGCAAACUUUGCCAAACUCAGCAUUAAGUGGAUGAUAAAAAUUCGCAAAAGACACUUAAGGACAAAAAAUAGGGAAUUAAAUCAAGUUAGCUGAAAAGAUGUUAUAUCCCGAUUAUGAAAUGGGAGUCAUCCCCCAUCAAACACUUUAAAUAUUUACUGAAAGGUUUUUAGUUUUUGAUUAAUAAUUUUAUACUUUUAUCAUUAAUUUCAUAACGAUUUUUAAUUCGGCUUUAUAUUUUGAUAUCUGAUGUUUUUUUUACUUGACUUACAAUUUACCUACUGACAGUAUUUUGAUUACUGAUUUAACAAUACAUUUUAUUCCAGUUACAUGUCUGAUCAUAAUAAGUAACUAGAAAAGUAACAUCAUCAACAAAAAGCAUGUAGCAGUGAUCUUUGCCUUUACAAGACGACUCAUCUGCUGAUUUUUAUAUGAACUAGUCCUACCAUUGCACAGGCACUAAGGACUGAAGACGAAGACAAAACCAAGUGGCUUUAACUAUACAGACAACAUUAUUCUUCUUCUUCAGCCAUUUCACUGGGACAGGAGCAACGUUACCAAAAUGACCUCUUUGUGUAUGUAGCAAAUCCUAGAAUGCUGUUAGGACUUUGACCUGGAAAAGGUGAUUUAGCAUUUGUCAAAACUAACACUCUUCGUUUCUUUUUUAUUGGUGACACCAUCCUGUUGCAGUCUUAUUUUCUGAUGUUUUCAGAAAGCUGAAUAUAUUAAUCAUUCUAAAGGGACCAAUAUGUAAGCUUAAGAAUGUUUUAUGUUCAAUUAUCAGUUGUUAUAUUCAUGUUUGACACUAUGUCUGUACCACAGUUUUAGACACUAGAUAUUUGUAUGUGAUCAUAUUUGUAUGUGAUCAUAUUUGUGUUCUCUGGUUGAUUAAAAAGUAUUUAGUAGUAAUUUUCAGUAUACAUGUUAACAUUCAUUGCUGUCUACUUUCCAUCUCAUGUUAACUGAAUAACUGCUGUGCAAAGAAAACUGUGAAACUUAUGAUUUUAUAACAAGUCUGGGAUCAUACAAAACUUUAACCAAUGGCAGAUGGUUUUUUUUAUUACUUCCACUUAAGCAUGUUAAAAAAAAAAAAAAAAAAAAACACGUUUUCUUGUCCUGCCUAUAUGGGAGUCAGAUUAUUAGGUCGCAAGGUGGUGUUUAAAUGAUUACAUUAAAUUGCGUUUGUUGUGUGAUGACUGUCACAAUCUAGAAGUAGCAACUUUUUUUCUCUUUUUGUGUAAUUUGUAUUUUGUGUGGGGAAAUACCUUUCAACUCGUUGCCCAAGUUAAUAAACCUAGUUUGGUGACUUUUGUUUUGAAA